ACUUCCUUCUCUACAAGACUUUCAUGGUACUUUCGCCCUGACGUCUCCACGCUUUCGGGGAUUUGUUUCGGUUAUCAGAGUCAGGUGCGCCGGUGCGGGACCUGGGUACCUGUCCGUGGUGCUGAAAGCAUCAUGCUGUUCCGGUUCGGGCUCACGCAGCUCGGUUUGCGGAACUGCGCCUGACUUUGCUUGCACUACCGGAUUUAGAACAGUUUAGAAGAAAGCCGCGUAUUUAUUUGGAACUAAUAUUUAUCUCAAGAACAAAUGUCCAGCCGAGGAUAAACCUGUCCUCCACCAGGACACUUUCCCCCCCCGUCACCUGAUGCUCGUGUGAGAGCACUGUUUUAUUUCUCUCUCCUCGCUGUAUUUAUUGUACGAUGGAAGUGCCAACAAACGGCUCAAGUUUUGGCAUCGACUCUUUGCUCUCGCACCGACCGGCGAGUCCGCGCGUCUCCACCACACGCGCUUUAACGGGAGACUGUCGGUCUCCGGCCUCCAGCCCGCGCUCAGAGCUGGACAGUGACUGCUCAUCUCCACCGUCCCCCAGGCGAGAGUCUGACCCCGGGUCUCCUUUAGUGAUGUCCCAACCGAGGACAGUGACCUCCUCUUUUUUAAUCCGAGACAUUCUCGCGGACUGCAGGCCGCUCGCCACGUGCGCUCCAUACACCAACGGCGGAGAGACAGCGCGGGAGACCGAGGACUACACCGACAGACUGCACAGCAACUCGUCAUCCGAUAGCGAAUACCGGGCUAAAGACGAGCCGGAACGGGAAAUCUCCAGCAGCAGAGAGAGUCCGUCCUCACGCCUGAAGAAACCCCGCAAAGCACGCACGGCCUUCACCGACCACCAGCUCGCGCAGUUAGAGCGCAGCUUUGAGCGCCAGAAGUACCUGAGCGUGCAGGACCGCAUGGAGCUCGCGGCCUCUCUGAACCUCACCGACACGCAGGUCAAGACCUGGUACCAGAACCGCAGGACAAAGUGGAAGCGACAAACAGCAGUUGGUUUGGAGCUCCUUGCCGAAGCAGGAAACUACUCUGCUCUUCAGAGGAUGUUCCCAUCGCCAUAUUUUUACCCACAGAGCCUGGUGUCCAGCCUGGACCCUGCAGCCGGACUGUACUUAUACCGAGGAGCCACGGCGGCACCCCCGGCUCUCCAGAGGCCGCUCGUCCCCCGAGUCCUGCUUCAGGGUGGAGCUGAGCCCCAGCUGUCCCCGCAUCUGUCCACGCACAUGUCCCCGCUCUCCGCCGCUUUACCCAGACCCACACCGCAGCGGUGACCAGCUCAGGACACACUCAAGCAAGGACAAACUGAGCCGCUGGACAACAGCGCGCAGUGACGCGUAAUGCGGGACGCGCAGGAGGAGAGCUCCAAACGCGUUUUCUUAAAUUGAUCCUCUAGACAAACUUGACUGCAAAGUUUGUGUAAAGUUCCAGCAGAGGCGAAAUGAAGCCUCCUGAUUGGCUGCUGAAGCCGCGAACAGAAAUGCGGCUCUAAUAGCAGAGCUGAUGAUCCGACUAACCAAACAUUUCAGAUUUCAGCUGUCGGGUUAAAAGAAACUGUCAGUCAAAUAACAAACAACAACA